GCCGGCAUUCGAGAUCUUAGAUUCGUCGUUAGGUGCAAGACUAUAGCAACAGAUGCAAUGGUGGACAACAGUAUCAUAGCAACAGUUCUGGACCUGAAUGACAACACACCGAGUUUCGUCGGGGCACCAUACAGCCAGGAGGUCAUCGAGCUGACUCCCGUUGGGUCCACCAUUUUCCGGAGAUUGACAACUGAGGACCCAGACAGCAAUGAGAAUGGCAAGGUGUCAUAUCAGAUUGAGGGACAGAGUGACUAUUUCGAGAUUCCGCUACCGUCAACAGGUGACAUUGUUUUAAAGAAGUCUUUGGACUAUGAAGGUUUCCAACCCGGCGAGGAGAAGAAAUAUCUCAUCCCCAUCGUAGCACAUGAUUUGGCGGCAAACUUGAGCCUGCGCAAGUCCUCCACCACAACUGUGACCAUCAUUGUGACAGAUGGAGACGACCAGGCAGUCCAGUUUCUCCCGUGCAUUCAGCAGGGAGACAUCUGUGGCAGUCCGCUGUACGUCUCGUCUGUCAUGGAGAAUACAGAACCGCUAAACCAGCCCCUGACCUUUGACCCUGCACCUGUAUUUGCCAUAGACCUUGACACAGGUGUCCAGGGACCUCCUGGCAUAGUCUACAGUUUCUUAGCAGGCUCCCCAAGUGAUUUCCGGGACUACUUUGACAUAGACGGGCCAACAGGGAACAUCUCACUGAAACGACCCGUGGAGAGGACACAAGUAGAGGAGUUCAUCAUCACCAUCAAGGCAGAGCAGGAUGACAACCCCUUACGGUACGCCACAGCAGACGUGAAGAUUGGUGUAGAGGACGACGACGUCAACAAGCCUUACUUCUUCAUCUCCACUGGGGAGUCGCAGUUCAAAGGUUAUGUGCGAGAGUUCACAGGUCAAGCCGUCAUCGUCUUCAAAUAUGACGAGUCACCUCUGCUGCUAGAGGUCAGGGAUGACGACUUCACUGACAAGGUAGUUCCUAAGGGAGCCAUUCGCUACGAGCUGACAGACACUAGCGGCAGAUUCGAAAUUACACAUACGGGCUAUCUCCUCGUGGACGCCAACCAGUUGGACAUAGACAUUCAGAGGGAGUACCGGAUGACAGUGAGAGCUAUAGAGACAACAACAUUUCAGAAGCUAUCUACCGACGACGCGACUGUAGUCGUCACUGUCCUCAAUGGUACAGCCGAGGGGCCUUAUCAAGGAGGUUCUACCGGCCAUGUAUCCAUUGCUGCAAUGGCCAGUGUUGGUGUUGUUGCAGCACUCCUGCUGAUCGGGCUUGUUGCAGCAGUGACUUAUAUUGUUGUUUCAAAAAGAAAAGAUGGUACACCUCGAGCUUCGAAGACAGCUGAACACCGUCGUAACCCGGGCACUACAUGUAGAUCAGUCCCAACAUUUGACAAUCAAGCCUUUGAUGAAGUUGGCAACGGCAACAUCACAAAUCAACGUCAGGCCAUAUCAGCUGAUACUGAUAGUGAGUAUGCUGUUCCUGUUGUGGAAAGGAAUGGCCACAUGGAAGAGGGAGCCUACCAGCCACUGGACCCAAAUACUCGAAUAAACAGCGACUAUCAGAAACUAGAGAGAGGCACGAUUACUCAAGACAGUUCGUUCGACGACACGUACUACACAGACACUAGAACAAACCGCUCGAGCGAUGACGGCACUUACCUUGAAGUUAUGUGA